AUGUCACUCAACGAGAUUCAGGGUCGACUUGCCCUUAUCACCGGUGCUUCGGGAGGAAUUGGAGCAGCCUGUGCGCACCAGCUCGCGCAGCAUGGAGUCAAUCUGGCAUUGACUUAUGCGACCAACCUGGACGCCAUGAACGCAUUGGUGGCCGAUUUGCGCAGCAAGUACGCCGACAAGGAGCUUCGUAUCUCGAUUCACAAGGUCGAUGUCGGGUCCUCGGAUGAUAUAGAAACGAUGUUCCAACAAAUCGAUAAAGAGCACGGCCAUCGACCAGACAUCUUGAUCUCCAACGCCGGGUACGGGAAACGGGUCUCCAACAUCUGGGAUUGCACUCUUGAAGAGUUUGACUACACACUCCAAGUCAACUUGCGCGCAUCCUUCAUUCUAGUGAAGGGUGUUGUAGAGCGCAUGAAGAGCCAGAAUUGGGGACGGAUAGUGUUCAUGUCCUCGAUUGCUGCCCAAGGCGGAGGUAUUAAUGGAUGCCACUACGCCGCUUCCAAGGGUGGAUUGACUGGUAUGAUGAAGAACCUCUCGACCAGGCUCGCUGAGUUCAAUAUUAGUGUCAAUGAUGUGGCUCCCGCUAUGAUCGGUGAGACUGGCAUGAUUCCUAAUGCAGCGGCUAUUCCUGAAGUGGCGGCUGGUAUACCUAUUGGACGCCUUGGGACGCCCGAGGAGACGGCUAAUGUUGUUACCAUGCUCGUGAAGACGGGCUAUAUGACUGGCCAGAGUCUUCUACUGGCUGGAGGGUUGAAAUAA